UGUCUGACCAGAUUCCUGGUGGAACUUAUUUCUCACUCCUUGAGACAGGUUGGCUUAAUCAGCCAUGAUCUGGUUUCUUUUUUUUUUUUUUCUUCACGAAUUCAUUUCACUCCUACCAACACGAUUCCUCGUUUUUGUUGUAGUAUGUGUUUAUGGGGGUGCCACCAUAUGCAUACGCCGUAGGCAGACGAUUGAUAAAAUAAAACAAAAGGUUCGCAUCGUUUCAAAAAUAAUCCUUUGUUUGCCAAGUCAGUUUUUCAAGAUAUCGUUAAUAAAUUAUAUUAGAUGCAGUGGUCGUCGAGAAGUGUAAAUUCAACCUUCUUUAGAAAAAAAAAAAUUAUUUCCAGAUCGUUGAAAAAAAGGGCACCGAAGAUUUUACCAAACGAAACACUCGCAUCAUUCCCUAUAUUAUUCGCUCAAUUUUCACCGUUGCGGUUUUCUCGACACGAACCGUGAAAUGUUUUUUCUUGACUCUGAGAAGUAACAGAGCAAUAUUAAUUUGCCCUUUACGCGAUUAUGAUUAUAUUCUUCCAGUUCCACGAAUUCGUUGGCACAUUGUAGAGGAAAAGAUCACGCUCAAUGUUCCUAGAUAAUUCUCUGGCACAAGUUUCUUUUGAACUGUCCACCAAAGGAUAUUGCAUUGUCUGGAAAGUUCACACCUUUCUGGAAUACGAUAAGCGUGAUCCUGUUUUAAAAUGACCGCGUGAACUAGCGAUUGCGUGAACUAGCGAUUGCGUGAACCUUUUGUUACGUAAGAACAUCGCAUGACAAUUUCCUUUCUUAAAGAAGGAGCUAAAAACUUUAUUCUGGCUCAGGUAUGAGGAUGAAAGUGCCAAAUAAAGGCUAAAUAUGCAUCAUGUCUGCAUGAAAGCUCGCUUGAAUCACGAAUUGUGGACAAACAUUCUCUUUUUUCUAAAACCAACUGCGUCAUUUGCGUGACAUUUGACUGAAGUGGCGUGACAAGACGCUUCUGGAUGACACUUCGUGUCAAGAUCUUAAAGAAAUACUAUAACCACGUAUCGUGUUCGCGAUAACAACUAAGAUUUAAUCGUAUUUUAUGCAGGUAUAUUGAACGUGUAAAAUUCUCUUCUUCGUCUGUUCGCAAUACUGGCAGCGAUAUUGCAGAAGGGAGGUAACACAACACGUAGUCGCGCAUUCUCUGAUCUCUAUCGCAUUCUAACCAUGAUAAAAUUUGGGCAAAAACCAAUAGGGAAUGAGUUUUUGGCAACGCGUUUUGUCUGUGAUUGAUUCCAACACUUCUGGUUAGUCACGUAACAACCCUCUGUGGCGACGCUUUUCACCUCAACAAAAGAAAUUAACAACAAAGAUAGCCAACCUCAACAAUGAGCAAGCCUGGUAACCCGUCGAAACGACAUCGAGAUCGACUAAACGCGGAGCUGGAUAACCUCGCGAGGUUGCUGCCGUUUCCUGAAGAAAUCGUCACGAAACUGGAUAAAAUAUCUAUUCUCAGACUUACAGUGAGCUAUUUGAGGGCGAAGAGUUUCUUUCAAGUUUCAAAUGGCAGACACGGGCAAGAGGAAACUUGUGAAGAACUGGUUAGAGAGGUUGAGGGAAAUGGUGUCUUCUCCCAGCUGUCUCUAGAGGCUCUGGAUGGAUUUAUUGCAGUGAUAACACAAGAGGGGCAGUUGUUUUACGUGUCUGAGAAUGUGAGGGAUUUUUUGGGUUAUUCACAGGCUGCUGUCAUUCACCAAAGCAUGUUCAAAUUUCUACACAUUGAUGAUCAGGAUAUGGUGAAAAGUAAUCUGGCAUGGCCAAAACCAAGUGGAAAAAAGACAAAGACACAAAUUGAUGAUAAAGAUGGAGGAAAAUUAAGUCCAGAUAACAUGAAAACAGGUUCCGAUGAGAAUGACAGUUUGAACCGCUCAUUUACUUGCCGGAUGAAGUGUACUUUAAAUCAUGGUGGGGGAUUUUAUAAGCUUUUCAGAUUAUCAGGCAGAUUGAGGGAAAUCCAUACGAGAAAACGAGACAGUCAGGUGGUUGAAUAUGGCCUUUUUGCCAUCUGCUCACCUGCAAACAAUCCAAACUCUCAUCAUGCAGGUGUUAAUAUUAAGAAAGAGGUUGCCUUGACUGCUCAGAAGAGAUUGGAACGAUCUAAUAGUGAACCAGUUUGUGUAAGAAGGACUGGUCUUCCUUUGACUGGAAUGUUACAUUCCAUGCCCAUCAGCCGUCACUUUUCAAUGUCUGAAACUCGUUCUGCUGCUGUCAGUCCGCUAGCAUCACCUACAACUUCUACUGACUCUGGCCACCCAUCUCCAGACUCCAGCCAAGGAGGAAAAAUGUUACUUACAGAUUCAGAUGUACGUAGUGAUGGCAGUGAGGUUUCUCCACCAUCGAGCAGCAACUCCCAAGAUGUUGAUGGAAGGCCAGCAUCAGAACGUCUCCUAUCUGGUAUAAACAACCCUUUUGUAAAUCCCCACAGGAUGGAUCGGAAACGAGCUGCUGCUUUUAUGGAUUCUAUGAUGGCCGAAGACAAAGAUUCCACUAGGAAACGUUCUCGCAGCGUAGCAGAUGCUGAAUUGUUCUUACGAGAUGGAGUAGACCACAGAUCUUUGUUCUUCAGAAGUAACCUGCCCACUGUUCCUGAAGUGAAAGUAGAAAAUGGUAAGAAGAAAGACGAAUGUACCCAGUCUUCUGAGGUUCCUGGUAGAAGACUAUUAAACAACCAUGACAGCAGACUUGAUGCAGCUCAGGGUCUUGUGAAUCUUGGAAACAUGGCUUCCCAGUUUCCUGGACUUUGUGCCUUUCCCCCAGAAUUGAUGUAUCCUGAUGUCAUGUUUCCACGUGUCGAUAUGCUUCAUGAUCUGCAGCACCUAAGGAAUCCCUUUGACAUUCACAAUCCUUACUGCUUAGGAAGUGAUCCCUACACAGCUGCUUUGGCCAUGAGGCGAUGGCUCAACAAUCCGGACAUGUUGCGUUCUCAGCUUAACCCACUGUUGGCCGCUCAAUCAGGGCUCCUGAGCCCAGCGGAGAGGCUGCACUUGCUGAAGUUUCCAUUUGGUUACCCUGCUCCAUUUCCCAGUCCAUCACCCUUUGAUUUUGGAGCUGCUGCGGCUGCUGCUGCAGCUGGACUAACAGAAAGGAACCUGCCUGAGUAUGCCUUUAGAAGCCUCUACCAGAAUGGCCUGGUUCCUGAUAUGGCAAAGAGUAGUGCUUUGAUAGAGACAGAGCAGAAGCAGACUUCAUUAUCAGAGAAACAGGCCAGAGGAGGGAGCUCUUCUCCACCAAGUAAAACACCUAGUAAAUCAGCAACCCCUGAUAAUUCCAAGAAGGGUGAAGUAGAAAAGGGAAAAGAGAAAAAAGAAGAGAGUGAUCUGGAUGAAUUCUUUGAAGAGAAGAAAAAGUCAACAAAGGAAAGAAAUGCAGCAAAAGAGGAUGAAGAUGAAGAUGAAAAAGUGGAUGUAGUGGGGGGAGUCAAGCCAACAUCAGUACUGCAGCAGACAUUUGCUGGGAUUCAAGAGGAGUUCAACAGUCGAUUGGAGAACUUGAACAAGUCAUUCGCUCGAUCACUGGAUCAAAAUAUGACUUGCCCUUGAGGAGGGUAAGUUCCUAGAACAAUGGAAGCCUUAAAAUUGGUUAGAAAAGAUAUUUGGGUUAAUUGAACCUCUGUCCUUAAGUUUCUUACUGAAUUGUUACACAUUGUUGUUUUCCUUUCCCAUUUCUUAUGCCACUUUUAGGUUUCUUGUGAGACAAAUUUCUCUUUUUCUCUGAUAGCACAAUGCACUAUUUGUACAAUGAUGUAUCAGUGAUUAAUCUGUCUGUCCCUCUGUUAGUCUGUCUGUCUGUCCCUCUGUUUGUCUGUCUGUCCCUCUGUUA